GCCGCCGGGGCCGGCCGGGCUCUGCGUUCCGUGUCUGGUUCGGUGCGUCGCCCUUGCUUUGGCGUGCGUCGAUUGCAUGUUUCCGACGGGAGCGCUAACCCGGAUCGCACUGGGGCGAACUCCUGCUCGCCCCGUCCCGUCUCAUUACGGUGCUGCGCACGGUACCAGCUGGGCAGUGAUCGCCAGGAGAGGACCGGGCUCCUCUGUUACUGCACGCGCAGAGGAGAGCAAGAGGGAGUCUGCCACAAGGAACUCACAGACGUGGUACUUACGGAGAGCUAUCAUGGAAAAGUCCUGGAUGCUGUGGAGCGUCAUUGAACGAUGGCUAAUUGCCUUGGCAUCGUGGUCUUGGGCUCUCUGUCGUAUUUCUCUUUUACCGUUAAUAGUAACUUUUCAUCUUUAUGGCGGCAUUCUUUUGCUUUUGUUGAUAUUCAUAUCAAUAGCAGGUAUUCUCUAUAAAUUUCAGGAUGUUUUGCUUUAUUUUCCAGAGCAGCCAUCCUCCUCACGCCUUUAUGUUCCUAUGCCCACUGGCAUUCCACAUGAAAACAUUUUCAUCAGAACCAAAGAUGGAGUACGUCUGAAUCUUAUUUUGAUAAGAUACACUGGAGACAGUUCACCCUAUUCCCCAACUAUAAUUUAUUUUCAUGGGAAUGCGGGUAACAUAGGUCACAGGUUACCAAAUGCAUUGCUUAUGUUGGUUAACCUCAAAGUUAAUCUUUUGCUGGUGGAUUAUCGCGGAUAUGGAAAAAGUGAAGGAGAAGCGAGUGAAGAAGGACUCUAUUUAGAUUCUGAAGCUGUGCUAGACUAUGUGAUGACUAGACCUGACAUUGAUAAAACGAAAAUUUUUCUUUUUGGCCGUUCCUUGGGAGGAGCAGUGGCUGUUCAUUUGGCUUCUGAAAAUUCACAUAGGAUUUCAGCCAUUAUGGUGGAGAACACAUUUUUAAGUAUACCACAUAUGGCCAGCACUUUAUUUUCCUUCUUUCCAAUGCGUUACCUUCCUUUAUGGUGCUACAAGAAUAAAUUUUUGUCCUACAGAAAAAUCUCUCAGUGCAGAAUGCCUUCUCUUUUCAUCUCCGGACUUUCUGACCAGUUAAUCCCACCAGUAAUGAUGAAGCAGCUAUAUGAGCUCUCCCCCUCUCGGACUAAGAGAUUAGCUAUUUUUCCAGAUGGAACUCAUAAUGACACAUGGCAGUGCCAAGGCUAUUUCACUGCACUUGAACAGUUCAUCAAAGAAGUCAUCAAGAGUCAUUCUCCUGAAGAAAUGACGAAAACGUCAUCCAGUGUAACGAUUAUAUAGUAUCUCCCUUUUUGACUAAUGCAUUGUAUUUUAAUUUGUGCAGAAUGAUAAAGAAUGUUCCUUUCUAGAAGUGCGUUAUGUCUUAUUUGUCUGAAAGUGACAUUAAACUUUGAAAGGACCUCAGUGCUCCUUUAUGAUGAUCCAGAUCAUUUUUUACAUUUCAAAAACUGUAAUUCUUGGGAUGAUUUCACACAUUUUCAUCAGAACUUUGAAUGUGGUUAUGUAUCCAUAAUUUUAGUUUAAUAUGUCAGUGUAAUAGAAAUUACUCAAAAGUUUCUUGUUGGUUAAGUGGUAUAAUCUGUUACACUUAGGUUACUAGCUGAACGGAAACAAGAAACCUUUGGAUGUAAUUCCUUUAGUAAAUAUUGGGACAAUCAUGGUAAGCAAACUUACUUCUGUAACUGUAUUUUUCACCUUAAAAGUUAAAAUGAAAUGCAUGAUGGUAUUUUAUUCCUUGACUUAUGCAAUGCAACAUUUUUAAUGUAAAUAGCACCGGUCAUAGACCAAUGUAUAUGGGUACCUGGGUUAUAUCUAUUUUUAUGUAAACUCUCUCUUGUUUUUGGCAGGAAGUGAAAUGAAGCCUGUGUGCAGGUUGCCAUUGAAUUUUGCUCUGGUGAAUACUGAGAUCCAGCUUUUUCUUACAAAUAAAUGGGACCUUGUUUUCAAGUAUAAAUGUACCAUGUUUUUGUGAGAUACACUCUGGAUCAUGCCAGGUAGAAACAGAAACUUAGAAUUUUACUGCAGCUUUCUGUGCACAUUUGAACUUUUUAAUAUUUGUAAUUUUGAUGGCAAAGAGAAUUUUAGCUUCUGUCAAUUUUGUAAGUCUGCAGCUGAACCACUAAUAGUGGUCAUAGUGAAAAUUAGAACUUGCUUAAGACUUAAGUUAGGAAGACUUAUUUAUGAUUGUGCACAAUAUUUUAGUAAUUCUCACAUUUGACUUUUAAGUCCCAGUACAUUGGCUACACCUAACCCACCAAAGGCCAAGAUAACAUUUAUUGGGCGUUUUGAAGAUAAGUAAAAAUUGAAAAACCAAAACAAGCAAUGUGCUUAGCUUAAUGUUCCAUUUGCUGUGAAAUAGAACUGCAUCAAAAGACAGCUUUAGAAAGUGAUCUAUUUUUAUGUUCGAAUUUUUUCUGUGUGGGAUUGGAGGAAGUCUAGAGCGUUUUGAUACAACUUACGACCGCAUUUAAUAGUUAAAUGGCUGUAGGUGGGAAGUAGUAUUUAGGUGCAUAGGAAAGUAAGAAAAAUCUUAGAGAAAGAAGUCUCUAAAACCUUGCAAGAUUUAGCUGAAUAAAACAUGAACCACAGGGUAGAAUUGUGCCAAGUUGUUUCAAGCAGUCUUCAAAACCUAGAUGUAACUGAGGUCUGUGCAUUAUGAUGUCAGCUCUAGCAUAGGAUAUUUUUAAUAUUUUCGCUAUAUUUAUUGGCUUUCGGCAAGCAGCUAAAGCAGAGAAAUGAGUCAAUCUUGACUUUAAUAUUAUUUCUGUGGAGAUAGGGCUAGAAAUACUUUUGCCAAAUAACAUCUUUAUCAUUCACUUUAUGCCAAUAUUUAGAAAAAAAUAAAUUAUAGCCAAUGUUGUUUCUAAAGAAUAAUGGUUUUCUAUAAAUUAUUAAUUGUAAAAAGUCUUGCUUUUUAAAAAGAGUUGGUAACGCGUAUCAUGGAAGGUGUAUUUUUAUGUAUAAAUUCACAAUGAUUAAAGGCUACUUUUUAUCCUGUCAAUCAUUGCUAUGUAGAAUGACUGGUAAAUAAUAAUGUAUUAAAAAAGUAGUACAACAAAGUGUAUAGUUAGACUUGAGCUUUCAGCGCACACCUACUUGUGUCACUUUGUAAAGUUUACAGUACUGUUACGUUUUCAUGUGACCCUUCAGUCUCCAGCACUAUGGAAGAGUUUAUCAGCUUUAGUUGUGAACAUGCUGAGGAAGUAUGUACUAGUACUUUUCAUCAUUGUUACUUUAUGCUGCGUUUUUCUUCUUUCUUUCUUUCUUUUUUUGAUACUUGAGGUUUAUGAUUCACCCCCACCCCAUUUUUAGGCCAGAACUUGAGAAGUUUUAGAGCACUGUAUAUGCCAUCCUCUGUCCUCAUUCUCAUCUUAGUGAACCUUUCUUUCUGGAGCAAGGGACAGAGGCUCUGUUUAGGGUCACAGGAUGUCUGCCUUUUACUGUCUUGUGUCUGAGACUUUCCUGCGACAGGAGGGGCUGGAAAUAAGGUCCUACUUCCAGGGGCCUUAGAACCUGGAGCGUAGAGUUUGCAAACAUUUCUGAUUUGUGGGCUGGAGCACUUGCUCCUGGUAAAGCGUGGCUGUAUGGCUGGCACCACCACUCCAGCCCAUCUCUAGUGGGAGGGGAGUGUGUCCAUGUCGAUUGCUGAUUUGUAGCCCGUUUAUUCAAAAGCAACUAGAGACAUUCCUCAGUGAAUUUUGAGUUGUUACUAUAAACUUAGAAAUACUAAAAUCUCAAAUAUUACAAGGUAAACUUGAGAAAAAAAAAAUCCAGAGCUCCAUUAUUUUAAAGACAGUUACAGGGGUUGGAGGGAAUUGAUUUUUUAAAAAAGGAGCUAAAAAGCAUACUACCAACUAAGGAAGAAAAUAAUUUGUGACCAGUAAAGCAGUACUAUAACAUAGAAACAGCUAGACGAGAAAUAUAACACAGUCCUUAGAGGAGUAAUUAACGAAUGAAAGUGCUGGAAAAAAAUUUCCAAACAACUUCUAAAUACAAACCCUUUCUAACAAAGGAAGUGACUGGGCGCCCGCCUUACAGUUUCGUAGGCUGGGAACUUGGUAGGUUUUUAAGUACUGCUCCGAGUUUGUCCCAGAGAAACUUCAGUUUAUGGUGAACUGUCGCUCCACAGCUCAGCUGCGUGGUAAUGUUUUGCCGGAGUAAGUAGGGUGCAAUACUUACUUUUGAGCAUUCCUACCACGUGAUGUUUAUUUGCUUCUCAUUUUUAAGAUUUGGCUUGGGUGAAGUCGGUUUGGUGGAUUUAAGAAUGAAGGCCAUAUUCCGUCAAUUUCAUGUGAAUUGUCUUGCAAGCCGGCACAGCCCAGUGGUCCUUACAGCUUGUGACUCCGCUCCCUCCUGAGGUUGGGAGUAAAUCUGUGAACUUUGUGGAAGGGUGUCACGGGAGUCACUUUUUCAUUUUGGUCAUGCUUGAGAGCUGAAGUCAUCCAUCUUCCUCUAUCUCUUUUCCUGUUGUGUUUGGUAAUUCUGGAAAAACAACUGUGAAAGGAAAAAUUAGUUAUAAAUAGCUGUUUUGGAUUAUUCACUUAGAUUUGUGUAUUUUCAUAUUACUCAGGUAAAGUUGGAAAUGACAGAGCACAGACAUCUAUUUUUUAAAUUGAGAGAGUAGAAAAUGGAAAGUACUUCUGUUUAUUCUUCCUACCUGUGCCACACAUCACUUUAGCUAGUCAGAAAUAAUACCUUUGUAUGGCGAAAUAAAUACUCAUCCUAAUUCUAGUGGAUACAGUUUUGCCGAGUGGCACAAAUAUACCUCCAUUUAUAUUUUAUAUCUUAAAAAUAGUUUAAAAACAGGACUGUAUAAGCGACACUUCUUUUUAGAGAGAAAGUGCCAUAUAUACAUAUGUAACGGGUGUAUGUUGAACAUAAUUUACAGUGGAAUUUCUGUUGGUACACCGUAUACUGAAAAUUCACAUUGUUUUCAACAUACUGAAGUACAUUCAGGAUAAAGUAGGUUGAUCCAACUUCAUAAUGUAAAUCACUUGUUAUUUGCCAUAUUUUAUUUGAAAUAGUAACAUUUUAUAUCUCAGAUUUGAAUGUCAUCGUACAUUGUGUGCUAACCAUGGCAAGCAAACAUUUACAUUUGUUUUUUCUAUAAAUUUCUUUUAAAAUAUACUUUCUAUUUUCUGUACUGACAUAUGCAAUAAAUUGGUACAUUAAAAGUUUGAUUAAUGUCAAGAUAGUUUGUAUUCAGUCUUUUAAAAAUUUUUCUGUUAUUGUGAUAUCAUAAGACAUUAAAGUUUCUUCUAAUGGUUAAAUAAAA